GCUUCACAUCAUCUGGAUCCAAAUACCGUUGUGCAAACUUAUCGACGAAGUGCGACCGAUGCAUCGGACUCGCCCAACGUCUCUUCCCUCAGUUUAUCUGCAGAGGAAUUAAAACAGAUGAAUGCUCUACGUCGUACAGCCCUGUGUCAACUAGUCGAGCAACUUCUGACCCCUCCGUUCCAUCCGAUUGGCGGUGCAAUGAACUCGUCAUCAACGAAAUCCUCUGGUAAACUUAGCCGGGAUGAGUUACGCAUGAAACGUCACAGGAAAGCACGUCUCCGUGUGGAACAGUCCCUUGCCAGUCAAAACAAACCGGCGUUUGGCCCGUUCGAAUCCGGUGAACCGAUGGUGACAUCAGACGAUGAUGCGAAUAAUUUUGAAGCAGACAAUGACGAGGAUGAAGCUCUAAUGGACCCAGACGUUCCAUUGAUGUCGUUAGUCGAGCGCCCGGAGGGUCAGCUUCUCUUGCGCCGAUUAUUACAAGAUGCUCGAGCGCACAAAGACUGUGAGCAUUCAUGUUGA